AUGGAUAUACUGGUAAAAUUGGCCGAUUUUGGUUUAGCUAUUAAAAUCAGCGAAUCAAGAAAUUCUUCACAUGUUUGUGGAACACCAAAUUACAUAUCACCACAGGUACUGGCACGUAAAGGUCAUUCGAAAGAAUCCGAAGCAUGGUCCAUUGGUUGUACAUUGUACUGUAUGCUUAUUGGCAAACCACCGUUCGAAACAGAUUCACAGGAAAGUACCUAUUUGAAAAUUGCUUCAUGCGAUUACUCGUUCCCACGCAACUUGAGAAUUUCUGUCGAUGCUGAAGAUCUCAUCUCGAAAUUGCUCCAGCUGGACCCAGUGCUUCGAAUGAAAAUAGGCGAAGUCAAGUACCACGCGUAUAUGUUAAAUAGUGGCAAACUCAGGAUGUCGGAAUCAUAUUUGUCAGCUGUUAGGCGUCCUCUUCGAAUGUCGGAAAAGCAGAACAAAGGCCAG